AUGAAAAGAAAAUUUUAUGGAUUUAUGUUUUAUAACGAAAAAUUACCAUUAGUGUUUCUUAUAUUAAUUAUUUUUUCUUUUAGAAGUGUUUAUAGUUCAGAUUUACAGCAUAAACACUCAGAUUUCAUUUUAUGUCGACUUUGUGGUCAUAAUAUUGCUCCUGCAACUCAUGUUAUUAACAUUCAAAGUCCAGCAGCUGAAAAAAUAUACAACCGUUCGUUAUUUGGGUUGGAUAAUGUUGAAGUUCAAAGAAUAAGGAAUCCUCUUGGUAUUGAGUUCAAUAUUGUUUUGUCUACAGGAGGUACUUGUGUUGGAAGAAGAGAGAGGUGGAAGAGCCAUAAUUCUUGGUUUCCUGGUUAUUUAUGGAAGCCAUGUUUUUGUUCAAACUGUUCUCAACAUAUUGGCUGGAUUUUUGAACCAAUUCAAUCUGCUCAUGAAGAAAGAGCAUAUGCAUCUACCAAAGGGUUUUACGCAUUGAUUUUAGAUAAUAUUAUAAGUGAGGAUUAUUCAGAUUCUCUUUUGGCUACCCCUAAAAUAUCUUCACGUGACGAACUUUGA